GGAAUUUGUGCCUACUCCCGCCCCGUUGUCUUGAAUAAGUAGUGCCCGUUACUUGAAGGCCAAUAUCUGUGUCAUUACUCAGACGUCUGUCUCUCACAGUAGAUUACUAAACAGCUGAACAGGCGCUUCUGGCCGCAGUGAGUUUGCGUAUAUACCGUGGUACAACCACUGCAAGCUGGACACGGGACCAAUCAGCACCGGGCAGCAUUCGGCUGGAGGACAGGAGCGUACGCGUGCAUGAGUACGUUGCGCGGUCACGCUGCUGGUGCUGCUGUCACGAGCCUGGAGAAUUACAACGGACAUACAUUACACAGGACAUCUUAUUUAGACAGUUUAGCGCGCGCUAAAGAGAGCAGGAUUAUAAUUCCAUCUAUCUGGUUGGACAUUAAGAGUGUUUACUGAGUUAUUUGGGUAAACCGGUGAUGUAUUGCAGUAUUUGAAUGAUAUUGCUAGCCAGCUAGCUAGCUAGCUGUUAAGCUAGCUUUACGCUGCGUGACUCGAAGUAACUUAACGUUGUAUUCUCAGACCCUGUUCUCAUUAACACAUCUGGUUACUUUCAUCUUAGAGACGUCCAAAUAGUGGGUGGUUUUAACUUGGAUUUUUACUGUAAAUGUUGCGUGCAUCGCUUUUAAUCCUAGCUUGAUAAGGAUUGAAUGAAAUAGCCUUCCACAGCCAGCGGAAACGAGCCAGUUAACAGGGAUAACGUAAAUUUACCGUGCUUCUCGUUGAUCCACCGCCAUCCAGCUAAUCUAGCAGAAGCUAUUUGACUUAGCCACCCACAAGCAUAGAGUGAGCUUAGUAAGUAACAGGCAAUCAUAAAGUUUUAACGCACGACAGGGACUGCUAAGUGGCUAAGCUACUACUACACGUCAAGUUGGCCAUCUUCCACUCCAGUUCAGUGUGAAAAGCUGACCAACGUCAGUUCGUUUUUUUACGGAUAAGGCCGGAGUGAGGACAGAAACCUGCAAACAUGCCGGCUGUGUCGAAAGGAGAUGGAAUGCGAGGAUUAGCUGUUUUCAUUUCGGACAUUAGAAAUUGUAAAAGCAAGGAAGCCGAGAUCAAGCGGAUCAAUAAAGAGUUGGCCAACAUUCGCUCCAAGUUUAAAGGGGACAAGGCUUUGGAUGGAUACAGCAAGAAGAAGUAUGUCUGCAAGCUGCUCUUCAUCUUCCUGCUCGGACAUGACAUCGACUUCGGACACAUGGAGGCAGUCAACCUGCUGAGCUCCAACAAGUACACAGAGAAACAGAUUGGCUACUUAUUCAUCUCAGUGCUGGUAAACAGCAACAGCGAGCUGAUCCGUCUGAUCAACAACGCCAUCAAGAAUGACCUGUCCAGCCGUAACCCCACCUUCAUGUGCCUGGCACUUCACUGCAUCGCCAACGUGGGCAGCCGUGAGAUGGCCGAGGCCUUCGCCAGUGAAAUCCCCCGGAUCCUGGUUGCUGGUGAUACGAUGGACAGUGUGAAGCAGUCAGCUGCUCUGUGUCUGCUGCGGCUCUAUAAAACCUCUCCUGACUUGGUGCUGAUGGGAGAGUGGACGUCCCGUGUGGUGCACCUGCUCAACGACCAACACAUGGGGGUGGUGACAGCAGCCAUCUCUCUCAUCACCUGUCUGAGCCAGAAGAAUCCGGAUGAGUUCAAGACCUGCGUUUCCCUGGCUGUGUCUCGACUCAGCAGGAUUGUGUCGUCGGCCUCCACUGACCUGCAGGAUUACACCUAUUACUUUGUCCCAGCACCGUGGCUGUCCUGCAAGCUGCUGCGCCUGCUGCAGUGCUACCCUCCACCAGAGGAUGGCGCUGUUAAAGGCCGUCUGGUAGAGUGUCUGGAGACCAUCCUCAAUAAAGCCCAGGAACCACCCAAGUCCAAGAAGGUGCAGCACUCCAAUGCAAAGAACGCCAUCUUGUUUGAGGCUAUCUCACUCAUCAUCCACUAUGACAGUGAGCCAAACCUGCUGGUGCGAGCCUGUAACCAGCUGGGCCAGUUCCUGCAGCACAGAGAGACUAAUCUGCGUUACUUGGCUCUGGAGAGCAUGUGCACUCUGGCCAGCUCUGAGUUUUCCCACGAAGCCGUCAAGACGCACAUCGAGACCGUCAUCAACGCCCUCAAGACUGAGAGAGAUGUGAGUGUUCGACAGAGGGCAGCUGAUCUGCUCUACGCCAUGUGUGAUCGCAGCAAUGCCAAGCAGAUCGUAGCUGAGAUGCUCAGCUAUCUUGAGACGGCAGACUACUCCAUCAGAGAGGAGAUGGUUCUGAAAGUGGCCAUCCUUGCAGAGAAGUAUGCCGUGGACUACUCAUGGUAUGUGGACACCAUUCUUAACCUCAUCCGCAUUGCUGGAGACUACGUCAGUGAAGAGGUGUGGUACCGCGUCAUUCAGAUCGUCAUCAACCGAGACGACGUGCAGGGCUAUGCUGCAAAGACCGUGUUUGAGGCCUUGCAGGCCCCUGCCUGCCAUGAGAACAUGGUGAAAGUUGGAGGCUACAUUCUGGGAGAGUUUGGAAAUCUCAUUGCUGGUGACCCGCGCUCCAGCCCGCUGGUCCAGUUCAACCUCCUCCACUCUAAGUUUCAUCUGUGCUCUGUGCCGACUCGUGCCCUGCUGCUGUCGGCCUAUAUCAAGUUCAUCAACCUGUUCCCAGAGACCAAGGCCACCAUCCAAGAGGUGCUGCGCUGUGACAGCCAGAUCCGCAACUCAGAUGUGGAGCUGCAGCAGCGUGCUGUCGAGUACCUGAAGCUGUCCUCUAUCGCCAGCACUGAUGUCCUGGCCACCGUUUUGGAGGAGAUGCCUCCUUUCCCAGAAAGGGAGUCAUCAAUCCUGGCUAAACUGAAGAAGAAGAAGGGGCCCGGUGCCGUGUCUGUGACAGAGCUGGAAGACAACAAAAGGGAGGGCGGAGAGCUGAACGGAGGAGGAGACCGGGGGCCAGACGCAUCAGCCAUGUCUGCUUCCAACGCUUCGACUCCGUCACCAUCAGCAGACCUCCUCGGGAUUCGUUCUGCUGCUCCCAUCAGCGCUGCUCCAACCAGUGCCGGCAGCCUGUUGGUGGACGUGUUCUCUGAGGCAGGGCCCGCCGCACCUUCAGCUGCUGUGAAUGACGACGGCUUCCUGAGAGAUCUGGAACAGCCCACCGAGACCUCUGACUCCCUAUUGGUGGAGGGUUCUGGUGACUCGGACUCUGCUCCUCCCUCUGAGGAUCCUGCUCCCCCUCUGUCUGAGGCUGACGAUCUUCUUAACAAGUUUGUGUGCAAGAACAACGGGGUUCUGUUUGAGAAUCAGCUGCUACAGAUCGGCAUCAAGUCAGAGUACCGUCAGAAUCUGGGGAGAAUGUACUUAUUCUAUGGAAACAAGACAUCGGUGCAGUUUGCCAGCUUCACCACCACAGUCAGCUGUCCUGGAGAACUGCAGUCUCAUAUCCUUUCUGUUCAGACCAAACAAGUGGAGCCACUGGUAGAAGGAGGAGCCCAGAUCCAGCAGGUCCUCAACAUCGAGUGUCUGACUGACUUCUCUGAUGCUCCGCUGCUCAACAUCAAGUUCAGAUAUGGAGGAGCUCUGCAGAACCUGACCCUCAAACUACCUGUCACCAUCAACAAGUUCUUCCAGCCAACUGAGAUGACCUCACAAGACUUCUUCCAACGCUGGAAACAGCUUAGCCAGCCUCAGCAAGAAGCACAAAAGAUAUUUAAGGCCAGCCACGGCAUGGACACUGAAGUACUUAAGGCUAAGCUCCUGGGACUAGGAUCAGCCCUGCUGGACAACGUUGAUCCAAACCCAGAGAACUACGUGUGUGCUGGAGUGAUCCAGACCAAAGGCCAGCAGGUUGGCUGUCUGCUGAGACUGGAGCCUAAUGCCCAGGCACAGAUGUACCGCCUGACUCUGCGCUGCAGCAAGGACUCUGUGUCCAAGCGUCUCUGCGAGCUGCUGGCUGAACAGUUCUAGAGUCAAGACUUCUACCGUGACCAGUACUCCCACCAUCCCCACCAGCGACCUCUCCCUCGACCCCCUCCUGCCACACCUCUUCUCCUCCCUCCAACAAAGAAUCUUUGAGUAAAAAAAAAAAAAAAAAGGUGUAACCUACAUAAGGGAAAAAGCAGCCGCUGUUAGCAGCAGCGGUCAUAUAAUUGUCAUUAUUCUUGUCCCAGAUUCUGAUUCCAGUUCAUCUUAUACUUGUUUAUUAACAUGAUGCUACAUUCUUGUUUAUGUUGGUGUUUACCUGUGUAGCUGGUGUGUGUGGCCAGGAGAGUGUGUGUGUGUGUGCGUGCGUGCGUGCGUGCGUGUUUGUGUGUAUGUGUGUGUGUGUGUCCCACAGUUGUGCUGGGGUUCCACUCUGCUCUAUCCUGGCUGCUCUGUAGUACUGAUGCUGUGUGUGUGUGUGAGAGAGACAGAUUACAUAAUGAAUUGGUAGAACAUUCCUUAAAGAGAAAUGGGAGACGCUGUUCAUCACACAUGUGCACUCACCCUAGCCCUACACAUUCACACACACACUAGUAUAAGUAUGAUUCCUCGUGGUUCUGGUGGGACCCGUUAAAUGAAGUGAGAGCUGAGGGUCCAGCACUCUGCUAAUCGCCGCUUCUGCCCGUUCAUUUGCAUCAAGCAUUCCCAGUGAAAACAGGCCAGUGAAAAUGCACUUAAGGCUUUGGGAUCCGCUUUGAGACCCUACAGCAUGAUCCCCCCCCUUUUACUUUUCUUCAGAACGCCCUGAUUCCUCUCCUGAAGCCCUGUAAUGAUUAGCCCUUCAUUUCAAUGAACUAGUUCACUCGUUUAUGUUUUUGAUGUGUGUGUAAAUAUGUGCCAGUGUAUUACUUUAUUGCUUUCUGAGACAUUCCCAUCAUGCUUGUUUAGAACGGAUAUGAUGACCUAACCUAAGCCGCCCGUGUAGAAGGAUGGCACAGAAUGGACCGUAGAUGAGGGGAACAACAGUGACACUUGCUGUGUUAAAACUGUCUUUUAGAGUUGUUUGGGAACAUCUCGUCCACUGCCUGGGAGUUACUUCCUCUUAAUGGAUGGAAAGUUUCACAGAGCAGAUGUGAGCUGCUCUUCAUUGGAGGUGAGGAGGUUUAUCCAACCAGCUGCACUGUCCUCAUCAUUUUAGUCUUUUCUCUUGUAAAAGUAAGUAAGCUUCAAUCUGAGACUAACCACACAAAGUGAGAUUCAUGCUUUAUGGUAAGCAUUUCCAAACAGUUUGACAAUGGAGAAGACUUCACUGGUUGAUUUGGGGAUUGUACAUCUGAUUCACUACCCUACCUUGAUCAAGUGCAGUGGACAAUUGCUCUGCUGAACUAUCCAAUGGGAGGCAUGUGGGAGUGUCUCCACACAGUGGAUGAGACGGUCCCAAACAGGGAUGACUACAUCUUGGAGCCAUUGUGGCUCCAGAGGAUGCCAGUACUGGCUUAAGUCACUGCUCCAGAGUCUGUACAGAGUACCAGAGUCCAACACACUGCCAACACAGGGCACAAACAAAUACACUAUUUUCCCUUGAAUGAUAAAACAGUUUGAGGCAGUGAAGCUCUGAACAGACACGGCUGCAGCAGCUGAGUCCAGCAGUAACAUAUGUAUGAGCUCCCAGGCUGGACUGGAAGAUCAGUCUGACAUAGAUAUAUAUAUGAUCAUGAAGUAUUUACAAAAGAGAUCAAUCCCAACCAAUUUGACAUGUACACAACCACUACAGUAAAUGUAUGGGAACACAGAUGUUAAUCAACCUCAAAAUGUUUCAAUUUUAAGCAUCCAUAGCUUUCUAAUUCUUCCCGGGCUUCCUCUCAUGCACAAGCACUGAUGUGGUGGGAGAGGACCAGAUGUAACACACUGAGUUGUCCAUUACAGCUACAGGGGGCUCGGUAUAUAUGUGUGUGAAUGUGAGUGUGGCUGUAAACAGGUGAGAACAAAAAGCCUAAAGACAUUUCUGAUACAUGGUCACAUUACAUUCUGUGGCUGCACGGCAAUCACGAGACAUUGAACUUUGUAGUGGAAAAUGUAGUCAUUUUUGUCAUUCUGUGAGUGUGUGUGUGUGUGUAUGUGAGUUUGUGUGUGUGUGCGUGUGUGUCUAUGCAGUAUCCACUAGCUAAUGCAGCCUCAUGUAUCGGUGUUAAAAAACCUGUCCAAUACCUGUGUUAGAAUUAAGAUUUACUCUGUAAUGAAAAAUGUGAAAGUAAAACUAUGCCAUAUAUCCGA